AUGUCUGAACUCAAGGUCGGCGCCGACUUCCCCGAGGGUGUCUUCUUCAGCUACGUUCAGCCCACUCCCGAGAUCGCAGAGUUCUCUACCUGCGGUGCUCCCACCAACUACAACGCCAGUCAGGAGUUCAAGAGCAAGAAGGUCGUUCUCAUCUCCGUCCCCGGUGCUUUCACUCCCACUUGCAGUGCCUCUCACGUUCCUUCUUACGUCGAGAACAUUGACCAGAUCAAGGCCAAGGGCGUUGACCAGGUCAUCGUCGUUGCUGUCAACGAUGCAUUUGUCAUGCACGGUUGGGCCAAGGCUAACGGUAUCACCGAUGACAAGAUUCUCUUCAUGUCCGAUCACAACGCCAAGUUCUCCACCAGCAUCGGCUGGAACCUGGGCGAGCGAACUGGUCGUUUCGCCGUGGUUGUCGACCACGGCAAGAUCACCUACGCCUCCAGUGACGAGCCCGGAAGCAUCGAGAAGUCUGGUGCCCUUGGUGUCCUUCCUCACUUGUAA